CCCUGCCGUGAGAGAGGGAGCCCGGGCGGCUCGGGGGCUCCGUGCUGCGCCCCGCGGCCGUGGCGGCCCCCCCUAUGGUGCGCGCCGAGGAUGGCGGAGAGACGGCGCAGUGAGGAAGACGAUGACUUUCAAUAUAUGGAUCAUGACUAUGAAGUACCACAGCAAAAAGGUUUGAAGAAGAUAUGUAGCAAGGUGAAAUGGACCCGUGAAGAGGAUGAAAGGCUAAAGAAGCUGGUGGAACAAAAUGGUACAGAUGAUUGGGCUUUCAUUGCUAGUCAUCUACAAAAUCGUUCAGAUUUUCAGUGCCAGCAUCGAUGGCAGAAGGUACUAAACCCAGAAUUGAUUAAAGGUCCCUGGACUAAAGAAGAAGAUCAGAGGGUUAUUGAAUUAGUUCAGAAGUAUGGUCCAAAGCGCUGGUCUCUAAUUGCAAAACACCUGAAAGGAAGAAUAGGCAAGCAGUGCAGAGAAAGAUGGCAUAACCAUCUCAAUCCUGAGGUAAAAAAGUCUUCGUGGACAGAAGAAGAGGACAGAAUCAUCUAUGAAGCGCACAAGCGUUUGGGAAACCGAUGGGCUGAAAUAGCAAAACUUCUUCCUGGAAGGACUGAUAAUUCAAUUAAAAAUCACUGGAAUUCAACAAUGCGAAGAAAGGUGGAACAGGAAGGAUAUUUGCAGAGUGUUAUAAAGUCUGAAAGCGCUAGUUCUGCUGAACUUCAACCCCAACCUUGUCUGACUAUGGAACACUUGCACACUCAGAAUCAAUUUUAUGUGCCUGUUCAGACACACAUUCCAGCAUAUCAAUAUGCCUCACCAGAAAGCAGCUGUCUAGAACAUGCUCCAUCUUCUUCCAACAUAGUUCAGCAGCCAUUUAUUGAUGAUGACCCCGAUAAAGAAAAGAAAAUAAAGGAACUUGAAUUGCUCCUUAUGUCAGCAGAGAAUGAAAUCAGAAGAAAACAAAUGUCUUCUCAAGCUGGAAGCUUGUCUUGUUGGUCUGGAAAUUUUAUCAUGGAGGAUUGUAUGCCUAAUACACUAAGUAGCCUUGAGGAACAAACAAGUAAUUUCUACAGCAUGGAUGAGACCCGCAUCACACCUGUUCAGCAGAAUUCACCACCCAAGUAUUUGGGUGUAGAAGCAAAUAGAAUGUUAACACCUCUACAAACCAUUCCAGAAUUUGCAGAGACACUAGAUCUUAUGGAAAUUGAUCCGGUAGCAUGGAGUGAUACCUGUUUUGAGCUUUCCGAGGCUGUUGUGUCCCCUGUCAAGCCAGCUCCAGUAAAACUAAUGCGGCUCCAACACAGUGAAGGGGCUGCCGAGUGCCAGUAUAAUGUCGGUGUUAUGCUUGAUGGCAAAAACCACAGCAGCAUCAGUGGGGACGAGGAAACAGUUUUUUCAGCAACCUCAAACUUAACUAAGUUCAGCAAUCCACCUGCUAUCCUGAGAAAGAAGAAGAGGUUGCGUGUUGGGCAGUCCCCGGUUACUGAUCUGAACGAUGGCUUGUGUAACGACACCGUCAAUGUCGCACUAAAGCGGACGCCGGUGAAAACACUACCAUUUUCUCCAUCACAGUUUUUCAACACUUGCUCUGGAAAUGAACAAUUUAACUUUGAAAAUCCUGCUUUUACGUCGACUCCAAUCUGUGGGCAGAAAGUUCUUAUUACGACUCCUCUACACAAGGAAAUGACACCACAAGAUCAAAAGGAAAAUGUGGGUUUUAGAAGUCCCACAAUGAGAAGAUCUCUUUUGGGUUCAACACCAAGGACACCAACUCCUUUUAAAAAUGCUUUGGCUGCUCAGGAAAAAAAGUAUGGCCCUCUCAGACUUAUGUCACAACCACUUGCCUUCUCGGAGGAAGACAUUAGGGAAGUUUUGAAAGAGGAAACUGGAACAGAUAUAUUUCCCAAGGACGAAGAUGACACUUUGUAUAAAAACUGCAAGCAGGAGCACAACUUUUCUAAAAAAGUCAGAAAAUCACUGGUCCUAGAUGCACAGGAAAAGGAAGAGGCUGGAGCCCAGCGCUUGACAGAAGAUAAUAGUUUAGAUGUACAGUCAAAAAAUGCAUAUACUACAUCUUUGUUAAUGACACCGUUGUUGGAAAUACAGGACAACAGAUGUAACCUGACAUCAGAAAAACAGGAUACAAAUCCAGCAAACAAAGCAAAUGCAGUAAUUAAGAAGAAACUGAAUACAUGUGCUACAAAAAAUGUCAAAAUGGAGAAAGCUCUUCAGCCAAAUCGUGACUGGGAGGCAGUUGUUUAUGGAAAAACAGAAGACCAGCUUAUCAUGACUGAACAAGCAAGAAGGUAUCUGAGCACAUACACAGCUACCAACAGCAGUUCGAGGUCUCUGAUACUGUGAUGGUCACUGCAGCUGACAACCAUCUCUUUCCAUUGGAACUGAAACAAUGUUGGAGGCGAUUCUCUUGCGAUACUUGGGAAUUAAGUCUUUGAGAGAGUCUGCCAAGGGAAACCUUAAAGCUACCUUAAAGCUUCCUUUCUUCUUUUGACUGACAAAGAACAGACAUGAAGCUCUUGCAUGCUUUAUGAAAGGAUACUGCAAACAGUUCUGCAAUGAAUAUUUUAGAUAUUAAGAGUAACGCCCUAAAAUAUAAAGAAGGGUAAAAUACAUUGCAGUACUGACAACAUACAGUUUUUAGGUCUAUUUUUCAUAUUUAUUCUUUUGACUUGCAUCGCUUUUUUAUCUGUUAGAGCAUUUUCAAUAUAGAGUAGGUUUAUAGGUUGUUACUGGUUUCCAAAUGAGCAACAUACAUGACUGAACGUGCUUUUGCUUAUGUAGCAUUUUUCUAGUAUAUAAAGAAACACAAUGGAAAGGAGUACAAAGGAAGGAUAGAAAGUUGCACUACUAAUUUUUUUUGGUAUGCUGCAAAACAAUGAAAUUAACUACAGUGUUAAAUAUAUUUAUUUGCAAAUGGUACUAGAAGUAGGCAGAGGGGGGUGAAUUAAGUUUAGUGUAAAGCAUCAGUAUUUUCUUCAUAAAUCUCAAAAUGAGAUGAUUGUUGAAUGUAUUGUACAGUAUGUAGGAACAAGCAAAAUUUUGUAAAUUGGAAAGGAGUCUGUUUUUAUAAUUUAUUUCCAUUUCAAAGCUUAAAUGUAGAUAUUUAUAUGUAUGCAGGUUGUCUAGAGGCCAAUGUUGUUUCCUGUUAAAACAGCUAAAAUGAAAAAAGGACAAGUUUAAAAUAUAUUCAAUAGCAGAAGAAGAAUUACAGUGGUGAAGUGUAAAAAUCUAUACUGUAUGUUACAUCUACAUAAAGAUUGCACUAUAGCCCUAAAAUCAUGUUGGUCUACAACAUAAUUACAAGGUAUUCCUGUAUUAUACAGCAACUGUUCCUGUACCUUGUUUAAAUAUAUUUAGAAAGAAAGAAAUGGUGGGGUCUUAUUUGUGACUGAGGAGUACUUUGUCCUGCAUAGGAACUAAAAACUAAUGCAUUUUCACUAUAUAUAUUUUAUUCUUUUUUUUUUUUUUUUUUU